GUCUGUCGCCUUGGCUAUAGGCUAGACCACCUGCUUUGAAAUGUGGGCUGUCAGUCAGUGGGUCCUCACUCAGUAGUUUGUUCUGUAGCAGGGACUUGGGCGUUUUCUGUGUCGGCUACUGUGGCUAACACAUGAUAUUCUAGUUAUUUUGCUGUUUGCGAAUUGAUUAGUUAGGCAUCGAAAGCUGAGACUUUUUACAGACGCGAGUCUGUUGGACUGUCAGCCUACAUUGCGUGUGCGUCCAAGAUACCUUUUCUCUCUGACCGAUACAGGGGAUGCGUCUCUAGAAAGCGUAGUUGGUUCCGUCGCAAACUUUGUAGUCCGAUCCAUCGUCCUUGGAUUUGGUGUGACUAGAAAUCGCAAACAAGACCGGACAGUUUGGUGCUUUGAACUGUUGCCCCUGAUCAGUCGCAGUUGUGUCGGUCGUUCCGGUUGGUGAUGUCGUCCAUGCCAGGAGUGCCUAACCAAAAAUCACGAGUUUCUGAUACUCCGCUGGAAUUCAUUGUGGAGUAUCUGUCCAAAGCCAAGGACAUUGCUGACAGUAAUGUCAAUGUCCCAGAAGAGUUGAAGAAUAAUCUACAGAAGGCACUAGACAUGGCCAGUGGCUUAGAUAGCUACCUGGAAAGGAUGACCAGCCAGGAAAGUGAGCCCCUGUCUGAACUUUAUAAAAAGACAGUGUGUCAUGACUGGGACCAAGCAUACAAGGAGGGGAAAACCAAGUUUCGCCUUCCAAAAGAAUGCAUCACGGGACACGUGGAAGGCCAGGUAUUGAAAAUGUUCGUGCACAUGUGCAAAGCGAAGAGAAUCCUGGAAAUUGGGAUGUUCUCUGGCUAUGGGGCACUGUCCAUGGCUGAGGCCCUGCCAGAAGAUGGUACAUUAAUUGCCUGUGAACUUGAGGCUUACCUGAUGGAAUUUGUACAGCCCAUUUUUGACAAGUCCCCACAUGGCAAGAAGAUUAGUGUGAAAAUAGGAUCUGCAAUGGAUAGCCUGAAGGAGUUGGCAGAGGCUGGUGAUCAGUUUGACAUGGUGUUCAUAGAUGCUGACAAAGGCAACUAUAUCAAUUACUACAAGUUCCUCCUUGACAACAACCUUCUCCGAGUGGGUGGUGUGAUAUGUGUGGAUAACUCUCUGUACAAAGGACGAGUCUACCUGCAGGACUCAAAAGAUGAAAACGGCCUGGCCCUACGAGACUUUAACGAGUCUGUCUCCAAAGAUCCACGUGUGGAGCAGGUGAUGAUUCCUCUAAGAGAUGGCAUCACCAUUGUACGCAGACUUCCCCCCUCACUAGCUACAUGCACAAUGAACAGGGUUACCAAUGAUGAUGUUUUCCGGGGCUUGAGAGGGAAGCCCAUCCUGGAUCGACUGCGUUUGGAUGGGAAGGUGGCGUAUGUGACGGGGGCAGGCCAGGGCAUUGGAAGGGCCUUCGCUCAUGCCCUGGGGGAGGCCGGGGCCAAAGUCGCCAUCGUGGAUAUGGACCAGGGGAAAGCAGAGGCCGUAGCAGAGGAGCUUACACAUAAAGGGAUCCCGAGUAUGGCCUUCACUGCAGACAUCAGCAAACCAGAGGAUGUUCAGAAAAUGGUGGAUGCCAUUGUGGCUAAGUGGGCGACUGUCCACAUAGCAUGCAAUAACGCUGGCAUCAACAUGAAUUCGGCCAGCGAAGAGACCAGCCUUGAGGAGUGGGACAAAACAUUCAAUGUCAACCUGAGGGGAACUUUCAUGUGUUGCCAGGCUGCAGGUCGGGUUAUGCUGAAGCAGGGCUAUGGGAAGAUCAUAAACACAGCCUCCAUGGCCAGUCUAAUAGUCCCUCACCCUCAGAAGCAGCUGGCCUACAACGCGUCCAAGGUGGGCGUGGUGAAACUCACACAGACCCUGGGCACGGAGUGGAUUGACCGAGGGGUCCGAGUCAACUGCAUCUCUCCGGGGAUUGUUGACACCCCUCUCAUCCAUUCGGAGUGUCUGAAGCCCCUGGUGCAGCGCUGGCUGUCAGAUAUCCCGGCAGGACGACUGGCUCAUGUGACAGACCUGCAAGCCGCAGUGGUCUACUUGGCAUCUGAUGCCUCCGACUACAUGACAGGGCAUAACUUAGUCAUAGAGGGUGGGCAAAGUCUGUGGUAGAGAAACUUUGCCUUUGUUCUCUCGAGCCCAUCAGAGAGAGAGAGAGAGAGAGAGAGAGAGAGCAACACACCUUCACCACCCUCAAGGGACUUUUACAGUAUGGCCAGUAAACUGUAUCCAAGGGCAACAAACAAAUGCAUUCAGAGGUGGUGCUCAAGGUUGUCCUCAUACCGAGCCAUGUGCUCCAUGCACACAGUAGUUUUCCUAUGGUACCUCUGAUGAUUCACCUCGAAAGGGACCAUUUGUUGAGCCUGUGGCGUGUCUUGAUCACUGUCAUUGUUUCCUGUGGCGUUUUGUCUGGUUUCUUUGGACCGACACAAAUCUUUGAAAUAAACUGUUCUGGGA